CACCACCCCGCCACUCUUGCCCAUGUUCCGCAAGUCACUGGAGACAUCCGGCCGGGCCCGGGUCAAAGGCGCUGUGGUCAAGAAGGUCCGUGCCGCCCUCCAGGCUGUAGUCCCGGGUCUUCCCGCGGCUGUUGCCGGCCUUGUGUUGCACAAGAAGACGCCCGUGACCGAGGUCAAGAUCCGCGAGCCCAAGGGGGUGGUCAUCUACGAGGCUGUCGUCUCCACCGCAAACAAGUGUGACGAUGAGCAUCCACUGAACAAGGUUCUGGAUGCCUUGCGCGAGUGCCCGGACUCGGACGUGGCGGCCGAGGCUGUCGCUUUCUCGGAAGCCUCCAUUCCGCUCGUCUUUGAUCGCAGCAAUGGGAAGCUGGCCGACGUCGUUCCGAGCGUGUACCUCCUGUGGAUGGCACCGACUGCGAUUCCGGUCAUGCGAACGCAUCGCCCGGUUCUCGACCGCCUGCGAGGUGGUGCCGAUCUGAUGCUUCCGGGCGUCGUCGCCACUCAGGAUGAGAUCCGCUCCUGGCGCGUUGGCGAGCUCGUAGCCGUCACUCUUACUGAAGGCUCGGCCGCCAUCGCUGUCGGUGCCUGCCUCGUCGACGCCGAUCAUGUCCUCCACUACGGUAUGGUCGGUAAGGCCGUCGAGAUCCUGCAUGUAUGGCUGGACGAGCUCUCGCAGCUUUGGCCGCUGGGCGUUUGCUCUCUUCCGCACCUCGCCGGACCUGCCGCUCCUGCUGCUGCCGCCGGGCCCGAGCCUGAGUCUCAGCCCGACCCGGGUGCAGAGUCCGACACGGCUGAUCCAGUCCGUGUUGACGCUCCCGACGAGGCUGGCCCUUCGGCCGCACCCACCUCGCGCGACGAGGCCGACGCCAGUCUACGUCACGCCUUUCUCAACGCGCUCAAGACCCGCGGCGCCGAUCUUCGGGCCGCGCUCCCUCUCGAAACGUCGACCUUCAUGUCGGCAUAUGUCGUCCCAUCGCGUGCUGUUGGCGAGACCGUCUCCAUCAAGGCUUCGUCAUUCAAGAACCUGACCAAGUUCCUCAAGUCGCAAGCGGCCGACGGCCUCAUCUCGAUCAAGGACAAGGCCGGUGUUAUGUUUGUGGUGAGCGUGGCGUCGGCGUCGCACCCGGCCCUCGCAAGCCACGUUGCGUCGCGGACCGUGUAUGAGAACGACGCCGCGGCGGCGGCCAAGGCUGAGCGCCGCGCCGCGGCUCAGGCUGCGCAAGCCCGCGCCUCUGCCCUCCCAUUCUUCCGCGAGCUCGUCGCACCGGCCCGCCGCGCCGAGUCGCUCUUCCUUGCACUUGGCCUAGACCCGAGCAAGGAUGCUCCGAUCCCGCAGGGAAAGCUCACCAAGGCGCUCGCCAACUAUGUCCGCGAGCGCGAGCUGGGCUCGGGUGCCGCUACCGCCCUCGACGCAAACCUUGACUCUGCCCUCACCGCCAAGGCCCGCGCCGCGUUUGUGGGCGACGACGGACGCAUUGCCCGAAAGGAUCUCGUUCGCGCUUUGCUCGCCGCCAACGCUGUCAAAAAGGUGACCGAGUUUAAUCCGCCGUACGGUACCCAGCUCUUGCUUCGCGGCGAGCCGCCCAAGCUUGUGGUUACCGUCGCCAAUCGUGGCGGCAAUCGGCGCAAGGCCACCACAGUUGUCUCCAAUCUCGCGGCGCUGCAGCUCGACGCCGCAUCGCUCGCUGGCGACCUCUCGACAGCUUGCGCCGCCUCAGCCACUGUUCGCGACAACGACCUUGUUGUACAGGGUGACAAGGUCGAUGACGUUAUCGGCUACCUCGCCAGCGAGUGGGGUGUGCCCGGCAAGGCCGUCACGCUGGUCGACAAGCGCAAGGGCAAGGGCGGAGGCGGCGGCCGCGGCCGCGGCAAGAAGCGCAAGUGAGGCCAUGCAAUCGCUUCGCGUGCUCGUUCAUGUCCAAAAGUCGGAAUAAUCGUACUCGUACUCGUAGGUGUACACUGUCUCGGACGCGGACACGUCCUCAACCAGCGCCGCCCGCGGCGCAAGCGGCGAUGCGUCGGCCCGCAGCGGCUCGGUCCGUGACGCCUUGCGCCCGCUCGGCGUGGCAGGCGCCGACGUCUCACUUGGCUUGCGUGGCGCAUCGGCCUCUUUGAUGUUGCUUGCGUCGUACGCCAGCACCGCGCGGAAGCCGUCGGCAUACUUUGACGACUUGCACGCCUUGUCCAGUCCGGCCUUGCUCAGUACAAGCUCGCCGCACGUUGGCAGAUACGAGGUGUAGAACCAGAACUGCAGCGCUUUGGUCUUGCCCCGCACCGCCCGUGUGUGGUGGACCACAACCUUGGCAUCGCCGGUAACCACAAGCUCCCCGCCAGCCACACUCUCCAGCGCCAGCUCCACCGGCACAUCCGCAAGCACCGUCCCGGUCGCCACCACCGGAUCGCCCUUGCUUCUCCCCACAACCUUGCCGUCGACGUAAACCGAGACCGAGGCUCGAA